AUUAGAUCGUGUGUGCGAACAUGUCAGUCAGAUCCAGAAAGUAAACUUCUGAUUCGUUUGAUUUAGCGUGGAACAUGCAUCGAUUUGCACUAGGGGUUAUUUUGUGCGUCCUAACGGCGACCUUCAUGAAGGCUCAGCGUGUUCAGAAAGCCACCGUAUAUUGGGAUGCUGUUCAGAGGUCUGUCGUGCUGAAAGAGGAUGCUAUGGAAGAGGAGGGAGAUGCAUUUGGUUAUUUCAAUGAUAGUUUAUCUGUUUCUGGAUGGGGAGUGCUGGAAGUGAAGGCUGGUUAUGGACAAUUCCAGGAGAAUGAUGAAAUUACAUAUUUCUUGGCCGGAUACCUUGAAGGAUACCUUACAGCCUCGCAGAUGAUAAACCAUUAUUAUAAUAUGUAUCCUCAGAUGAUAAAGGAUAAUAGUGUUAUGAAACCCCUCAAAUGCUUUAUGAGUGAGCAAGACUCGUGGACAAGAACACAAGUGAAAUUAAAUGGGAAGACUGAUCUUUUGUGGCAUCAUGUGGGCCUACUAGUGGCUCAGAUGGAUGGACUGCAUGCUGGGGCAGCACACUGGGCCAAAAGUAGACAGGAAAAGCCUCUGUCCAUGUUUGCGGUUCAGUUCCUCAAUGGUAUUGGAGAUUUGCUGGAUUUAAUCCCUGUUCUCAAAAGGCAUCCCAACUCUUCUUCUGAUUCCUUCAGAAUGCCAGGCAUGAGUCACUGCUCUGCUCUCAUCAAGAUGUUACCCGGCUAUGAGAAUCUGUUGCUGGGUCACUCCAGCUGGUACACCUAUGCUGCCAGCAUGAGAAUAUACAAGCACUGGGACUUCAGCCUGAAAAAUAAACAUAGUGGCACAAGCAGACUGUCCUUUAGCAGCUACCCCGGGAUCUUGUCAUCUCUGGAUGACUUUUAUUUGCUGGGAACAGGAUUGUUUGUUACCCAGACCACAAACAACGUCUUUAACUCCUCUCUGUUCUCCCUGGUGACUCCAAAGGCUUUGCUUGCCUGGCAAAGGGUGCGUGUAGCAAAUGCGCUGGCCUGCACAGGGAAGCAAUGGGCCCAAAUAUUUUCCAAGCACAAUUCAGGGACUUACAAUAACCAGUAUAUGGUGGUGGAUCUGAAAAGAGUUUCACUUAGAAAGCAGAUUGAGGAUUGGAGUCUAACUGUUGUGGAGCAGAUUCCUGGUUUGGUGUUGUACUCAGAUCAGUCACAAGCGCUGCGUCACGGCUACUGGGCAUCCUACAACAUACCUUUCCACUCAUACAUUUACCAAGUGAGUGGUUAUGGUGUGAUGUGGAAAAAGUACGGGGAAGACUUCUCAUAUGACCUCUGUCCACGUGCUAAAAUUUUCCGCAGGGACCAUGGAAAAGUCACUAAUCUGGACACCUUGAAAUACAUUAUGAGGUACAAUGAUUACAGAAAAGACCUGUAUUCAAAAAAGCACCCUUGUAAAUCCAUCUGCUGCCGGAAUGACCUAAGGCUCCGACGACCUCAUCCAGGGGGCUGUUAUGAUACCAAGGUUACAGAUUAUCACAUGGCCCAGAUGUUUGUGGCUGAAGCUGUGAAUGGACCCACUACUCAGAACGGUCUUCCAGUUUUCUCUUGGAGCCGUUUUAAUCGGACAUCUCAUCAUGGGCUCCCUCAGACCUAUAACUUCACGUUCACCAGCAUGCAGCCACUGCUCUUUGGUUUCAGAGAUCAAGCCAAAACUGAUGGUAGUCUGGUACAGUGUAUUAACAACAGUCUAGAGGAUACAGAUGCAAAACUUGGGAAGAAUUUCAUAGACUUGGCAUCAGAUAUUUACAGGCAGCUUCACAAAUUCAUUGGUUACAUUUUUGCAACAUAAAACUUUUUGUGCAACUGAAUGCAUAAUACUUCCAUCACAUUUUUAUGCAAUAAAGACUACAGCAAUAUUUUUUUUCUUAUUAUAUUUUUAAC